CCAUAUCUCUGCACCAACAAGAUUCCUAAUUAAGUCCCCAGCAUCUAUUCUUUUCCUUGUUCCCUUUGCUUCUCAUCCGGGGGGAAUUUCCUUCUACUUUCAACUAUAUCUCUUUUAUUUUUCACCUUUUUUCACUCUCUCUACUAUUAAUGCAAAAGUUGUUUUCUAAUCUAUAAAAGCUAUAGCUAUAGUACUACAAAGCAUGGGAUGACUUAUACUAUAUACUUUGAACAAGUAGAGGCUAUAUAAGAAGGUUCUGUGUGUUACAGAAAGCAAGAGAGAAACAAAUAAGAGUUUCAUUCAUUCAUUCUUCAUCAUCAGCAUCAUGGCUUCUUCAAAUAGACACUGGCCAAGCAUGUUCAAGUCUAAGCCCUGCAACACUCAUCACCAAUGGCAGCAUGACAUCAACUCUUCUCUCAUCUCAUCUUCUGCUUGUCACAGAACUCCUUACUCAUCAGGUUGUGAAGAGAGGAGUCCUGAACCGAAGCCGAGGUGGAAUCCGAAACCGGAGCAGAUUCGGAUACUGGAAGCUAUAUUCAACUCAGGAAUGGUGAAUCCGCCGAGAGAGGAGAUAAGGAAGAUUAGAGCACAGUUGCAAGAGUAUGGUCAAGUUGGUGAUGCUAAUGUGUUUUACUGGUUUCAGAAUCGGAAAUCAAGAAGCAAGCAUAAGCUUCGUCAUCUUCAGAACCAAAACAACUCGAGGAACCAGCAGAAUCAGAAUCAGAAUCAUGAACAACCACAACCACAGCAGAACAAUCAUGUUUCUUCGGUUUCUCAGACGACGGUUGCACCGUCGUCUUCGUCUUCUUCGUCGGAGAAGUCUCCGCCGAAGGAGAUAAUACCUUCCAAGGUGUUUUCUCUAGGUUUCCCUAACUUCAACGACGUUGUGCCGAAUUCUCCGUCUGCUUCUUCUGUGAACCAAACCUAUUUUCAGACACAAAAUGAAGGCAAUCUUCUUCCACCACCACAGCCAAGAGCAACUGCACCACCACCUACUGAGGCUUUCUUCUUUCCAGUGCAAAAUCAUGGACAAGGUGGUGUUGUUCAACCUAAUAAUGCUACUUCACAAGGGUUUUGCUUCUCUGAACUCUCAAAUGUUGUUCAUGCUCAACAAUCACAUGCUCAACAGCAUCAACAACAUCAAAACACUGGUCAUUGCACUACUAGUUUUCUGCUUAGUGAGAUCAUGAACAACCAUGGUGCUAAUUCCUCAAAGAAAGAUCAAAAUCAAAAUCAAGAUCAAGAUCAGGAUAAGUCUGUCAAAACAGUGCACCAAAUCCCUCAUUUUAACUUCUGUUUCACACCUACACCCACAACUACUACUACUACUGUUGUACCUCCUACUACCUCCUCCACCAUCACUGUUCCAUCCCCUAUCAUUUCUCAACUACAAGGCAUUGGAGAAACAGGUGUUCCUGCAAGAUUAAUGGUGUUCAUCAAUGAUGUGGCAUUUGAGGUAGCAUCUGGACCUUUCAAUGUUCGUGAAGCAUUUGGUGAUGAUUCUGUGCUCAUUCAUUCAACUGGACAACCAGUUUUGACAAACCAAUGGGGUGUAACUCUCCAUCCACUCCAGUAUGGUGCAUGUUAUUAUCUGAUAUAGAGAAAAAAGCUGAAGGGUCAUGAAGAUUUAAUAUAUAUGGUGUUAUAUUAUUUUGUUGAUGUUGUUAUUUUGUUGUUUGUUGUUGUCUAUUUUGAGGACUUUGUGGUUUUUCUUUUUGUUGUCUUUUGUGACAAUUCGUGUGUGUUACUAUUAGGGUUAUUAUUGAAGUGAAUAUGGUGUUUGAGGACACUGCUCAUGAGAAUGACUUCAGAUAUAUGUGCUGUUACAAAGUAUGGAUGGAGAUAUCAUCAUGACUUUGUUGACUUAAAUAUGUAACUUUUGUUUUCUCUUGUAUGAGUUCAAGAGAAACUAUGUUUGUUGAUUUAUAGUAUGA